GCACCCAAACAAACAAAUCACCACCACAACAGCAGAGCGGUAGAAACAUGGAGGCCGAUCAGGGCGCGGCGGCGGGGAUCAGGCACCGGACGGUGGAGGCGAACGGCAUCUCGGUGCACGUGGCGGAGGCCGGGCCGGAGGACGGCAAGGCGGUGCUGUUCCUGCACGGGUUCCCGGAGCUGUGGUACUCGUGGCGCCACCAGAUGGCGCACCUGGCGUCCCGCGGCUACCGCUGCGUCGCGCCCGACCUCCGCGGCUACGGCGGCACCGAAGCGCCGCCCGACGUCCAAGCCUACUCCGCCUUCCACGUCGUCGGCGACGCCGUCGCGCUGCUCGACGCGCUCGGCAUCACCAAGGUGUUUGUGGUGGGCCACGACUGGGGCGCGAUCAUCGCGUGGUACCUGUGCCUGUUCCGGCCGGACCGCGUGACGGCGCUGGUGAACACCAGCGUGGCCUUCAUGCGCAGCGUCUUCAUCCGCACCGGCCCCAACGCCGUCAAGACCACCGACCACUUCAACCGCGCAUACGGCCCGACCUACUACAUCUGCCGCUUCCAGGAGCCCGGGGUGGCCGAGAAGGAGUUCGCGCCGGCGUACGCCAGGCACAUCAUGACCCGGAUCCUCUGCAACCGCUUCAGCGAUCGCAAGGCCGACGGAGAGCAGCACCACGACGCCGAGCCUCUCCCGGCCUGGGUCACCGAGGCUGACAUCGACUACUUCACCGCCACCUUCGAGAAGACCGGCUUCACCGGCGCAAUCAACUACUACCGCAACAUGGACAGGAACUGGGAGCUGGCGGCACCGUGGGCGGACGCCAAGGUGACCGUGCCCACCAAGUUCAUCGUGGGGGACGGGGACCUGACGUACAACUACGCCGGGAUCCAGGACUACAUACACAAGGGCGGGUUCAAGGAGGACGUGCCGCUGCUGGAGGAGGUGGUGGUCAUCCCGGGCGCCGGCCACUUCAUCCAGCAGGAGAAGGCGCAGGAGGUCAGCGAGCACAUCCACAGCUUCAUCGCCAAGUUCUGAGGCCCGAUCCGUCACCUAGCUCCUCAACCGUCGAUUCCAUUUUACCAUUGUACUGCACGAAUGCGUCGCACUUUCAGUUCACUAGCUAGUCCUUUCCUUUUCAGAUAGUUGCUGUGUGUGCUGCCAAUUACUUUUCAGUUAACUGUCCUUCUCGAUCGAGCUGUGUAAUCGUGGAUGUUCAUGUGCAGUGCUACAUCUGAACUAAACAUGAAAGGAUGUGCUUGUUUGGUAAA